ACAGUUGCCUCAGAGUGACUACGGACCAGGCAGUCUUUAAUGAACAGGCAAGGCCACAACCUCCAUUCUCCCAGAAAAGAAGAAAUGCUCAUCUGAAAUUCAUCACCUCUCUGGAGUCUUCAAACUGACCAAGCACUGAAAAGAACACAUAAGAAAACAGUUGCCGUUGCCUCUGGUCUUCCUAUUGAAAGCAGACACAGAGUGCAUGAAGACCGUUCAACUAUGUCAGGGACCUCCUCCCGUGAGUCCUUCUAUGACUCCCUCUCAGACAUGCAGGAAGAAAGCAAGAAUGCUGACUUCUUCCCAGGCCUUUCUGCUUUCCUCAGCCAGGAAGAGAUCAACAAGAGUCUUGACCUGGCCCGGAGAGCCAUAGCCGACUCCGAAACAGAAGAUUUUGACUCGGAAAAGGAGAUCUCGCAGAUUUUCAAUACUUCCCCUGCAAGCUUCCAUGAAAACCCUUCCCAUAAGACCAAAUUGGGUGAACACACCUCAGGGAGACCUCAGGAUAACAGGUCAACACCUGUCCAGCCUCUGGCAGAAGAACAAACUAAGAUUAUUUCUUCACCUGUUUCAAAGAGGAAACCUGCCAUGUCACCCCUGCUCACCAGGCCCAGCUACAUCCGGAACCUCCGAAAGGCUGAAAAGCGUGGUGCAAAAGCUCCCAACACAAACAUAAAGCCGAAAACACCACAUCAAGGAAAGGCUGGCCCCCAGAGCCAGCUGUGUGACAAGGCGGCUAAUUUAAUUGAGGAGCUGACAUCCAUAUUUAGAGAAGCUGCAAAGCCAAGAAACAGAAGCCCAAAUGGGGAGUCCUCGUCACCAGACAGUGGGUACCUGUCUCCUAAAACUCAGCCGUCAGCCCUGCUGAGUGCCUCAGCCAGCCAGAGCCCUAUGGAAGACCAAGGGGAGACAGAAAGAGAGGUUAAGUCCCCUGGGGCCAGGCAUUGCUACCAGGCCAACCAGGACCUGGCAGUGCCACGCAACCGCAAGUCUCACCCACAGCCCCACAGUGCCCUCCACUUCCCAGCUGCACCUCGAUUCAUCCAAAAGCUGAGGAGCCAGGAAGUAGCAGAAGGGAGCCGAGUUUAUCUGGAGUGUAGAGUCACUGGAAACCCCACUCCUCGAGUCAGAUGGUUCUGUGAAGGGAAAGAACUGCACAACACUCCUGAUAUUCAAAUCCACUGUGAGGGUGGGGACCUCCAUACCCUGAUCAUAGCAGAGGCCUUUGAGGACGACACAGGUCGCUACACCUGUCUGGCUACGAAUCCCAGCGGCUCAGACACAACAUCUGCUGAGGUGUUCAUUGAAGGUGCCAGUUCAACAGAUUCCGACAGUGAAAGUUUAGCUUUCAAAUCAAAAGCUGGAGCUAUGCCACAAGCUCAAAAGAAAACAACUUCUGUUUCCUUGACAAUAGGAUCAUCAUCUCCAAAGACAGGGGUGACCACAGCUGUGAUUCAACCAUUAUCUGUCCCUGUGCAACAGGUUCACAGUCCAACUUCGUAUCUCUGCCGACCUGAUGGAGCCACCACUGCCUACUUUCCUCCUGUUUUUACAAAGGAACUUCAAAACACAGCUGUGGCGGAAGGCCAGGUGGUGGUUCUGGAGUGCCGGGUCCGAGGGGCACCCCCUCUGCAGGUCCAGUGGUUUCGGCAAGGGAGUGAAAUCCAAGACUCUCCAGAUUUCCGAAUUCUACAGAAAAAACCUAGAUCUACAGCUGAACCUGAGGAGAUUUGCACCCUAGUUAUCGCUGAGACUUUCCCUGAAGAUGCAGGGAUCUUUACAUGUUCAGCAAGAAAUGAUUACGGAUCAGCAACUAGCACUGCCCAGCUGGUUGUCACCUCAGCCAACACCGAAAACUGUAGUUAUGAGUCAAUGGGAGAAUCCAACAAUGAUCACUUCCAGCACUUUCCACCUCCCCCUCCAAUCUUGGAGACAAGUUCCUUGGAAUUGGCUUCAAAGAAACCAUCUGAGAUGCAGCAGGUGAACAACCCUGAGUUAGGCCUGAGCAGGGCAGCCCUUCAAAUGCAAUUCAAUUCUGCUGAGAGGGAAACGAACGGAGUCCAUCCCAGCCAUGGAGUAAAUGGCCUGAUUAACGGCAAAGCUAACAGUAAUAAAUCUCUUCCAACACCAGCUGUCCUGCUUUCACCCACUAAGGAGCCACCACCUCUGCUUGCCAAACCAAAACUAGGAUUUCCAAAGAAGUCCAGUAGAACUGCUAGAAUAGCCUCCGAUGAGGAAAUUCAAGGCACAAAGGAUGCUGUUAUUCAAGAUCUGGAACGAAAACUUCGCUUCAAGGAGGACCUCCUGAACAACGGCCAGCCGAGGUUAACAUACGAAGAAAGAAUGGCUCGCCGACUACUGGGUGCUGACAGUGCAACUGUCUUUAAUAUUCAGGAGCCAGAAGAGGAAACAGCUAAUCAGGACAUUGGUUCUCCUCAUGCUUCUGUAGGGAGUCCUCUGGAUGGUCAAAAGGAAUACAAAGUCUCCAGCUGUGAACAGAGACUCAUCAGUGAAAUAGAGUAUAGGCUAGAAAGGUCUCCUGUGGAUGAAUCAGGUGAUGAAGUUCAGUAUGGAGAUGUGUCUGUGGAAAAUGGAAUGGCACCAUUCUUUGAGAUGAAGCUGAAACAUUACAAGAUCUUUGAGGGAAUGCCAGUAACUUUCACAUGUAGAGUGGCUGGAAAUCCAAAGCCAAAGAUCUACUGGUUUAAAGAUGGGAAGCAGAUCUCUCCAAAGAGUGAUCACUACACCAUUCAAAGAGAUCUCGAUGGGACCUGUUCCCUCUAUACCACAGCCUCCACCCUAGAUGACGAUGGGAAUUAUACAAUUAUGGCUGCAAACCCUCAGGGCCGCAUCAGUUGUACCGGACGGCUAAUGGUACAGGCUGUCAACCAAAGAGGUCGAAGUCCCCGGUCUCCCUCAGGCCAUCCUCAUGUCAGAAGGCCUCGUUCUAGAUCAAGGGAAAGUGGAGAUGAAAAUGAACCAAUUCAGGAGCGAUUCUUCAGGCCUCACUUCUUGCAGGCUCCUGGAGAUCUGACUGUUCAAGAAGGAAAGCUCUGCAGAAUGGACUGCAAAGUCAGUGGGUUACCAACCCCAGAUCUAAGCUGGCAACUGGAUGGCAAGCCCAUACGCCCUGACAGUGCUCACAAGAUGCUGGUGCGUGAGAACGGGGUGCACUCUCUGAUCAUAGAGCCAGUCACGUCACGUGAUGCCGGCAUCUACACAUGUAUAGCCACCAACCGAGCAGGACAGAACUCAUUCAGCCUGGAGCUUGUGGUUGCUGCUAAAGAAGCACACAAACCCCCUGUGUUUAUUGAGAAGCUCCAAAACACAGGAGUUGCUGAUGGGUACCCAGUACGGCUGGAAUGUCGUGUAUUGGGAGUGCCACCACCUCAGAUAUUUUGGAAGAAAGAAAAUGAAUCACUCACUCACAGCACUGACCGAGUGAGCAUGCACCAGGACAACCAUGGCUACAUCUGCCUGCUCAUUCAGGGAGCCACAAAAGAAGAUGCUGGGUGGUAUACUGUGUCAGCCAAGAAUGAAGCAGGGAUUGUGUCCUGUACUGCCAGGCUGGAUGUUUACAUUUCUCAACAUUAAUAGCGAACCACACCAGGAAAACAAAUACCCAACCCAGUGGCAUCAGCAGUCACAGAGCACCAAGCCAAAAAAAGUGCGGCCCUCAGCCAGUCGCUAUGCAGCACUUUCGGACCAGGGACUAGACAUCAAAGCAGCGUUCCAACCUGAAGCCAACCCAUCUCACCUGACACUGAAUACUGCCUUGGUAGAAAGUGAGGACCUGUAAUCCGGCAUUCUUGUUAAAGCUGAAACACUGAAACAGCCAUUGCCUUGACCAACAUAUUCGUUUGUCACAUUAUGUAAAAGGCAGAAACAUACCUUUGACUAUAAGAAAUAAAAAAAAAAAAAAAAAAAACACCAAAAUAAUAUUUUUCUUACUUGAUAUACCAAACUUAGAGUUCAAGUAGAUAAUGCUAAUAUAAAUAUACACAUUGCACAGAAAAUUCACAUUUACUGUCCAAUUUAAAACUCUGGAAUUGCUUUGAUUAAAGUGAUCUAAAAUGCCAAAAUACUAAAGGAAAUCAAUUAUUCACAGGCAACUACAAUUUGUAUUAUCUACAAGUGCCUUUAAACACAAGAUAUAGGUGCUGUGUAGCCUGAUAGUGUGAAAUGUUUAAUGAGGCAGUUGUACCACAAACAAUACUACAAUGAUUCUGAAGCACAGUGUAUUCAGACAGAUAAGUGAACCAAGUGCAAUAUGUAAGGAUGAAAAAAGAAGAAAUGACAAAGAAAUCCAAGUAAAUGCCUUGUCUUUGCAAAUGUUUUUAUAUUAAAUCAUAAGGAAGGAACUACUUGCCUUAAAUUUUAUUAAUAAUAUCAAAAGAGUUUUCUAACAAGGUUAAUACCUUAGUUCUUAACUUUUUUUUUUUUCUUUCUUUAUGUGUUGUGUUUUCAUGCUACCUUGGUAGGAAACUUAUUUACAAACCAUAUUAAAAGGCUAAUUUAAAUAUAAAUAAUAUAAAGUGCUCUGAAUAAAGCAGAAAUAUAUUACAGUUCAUUCCACAAAAAGCAUCCAAACGACCCAAAUGACCAAGGCAUAUAUAGUAUUUGGAGGAAUCGGAGGUUUGGAAGGAGUAGGGAGGAGAAUGAAGGAAAAUGCAACCAGCACAAUUAUAGUGUGUUCAUUUAGAUAAAAGUUAAAGGCGCAGGAGAGGUAGCAAAGGCCAGGCUUUUCUUUGGUUUUCUUCAAACAUAAGUGAAAAAAGCACUGCCAUUCACAAGUCAAGGAACCUAGGGCCAGCUGGAAGUGUGGAGCACAUAUGCGGUGGAGAUUGCAGUGUGUCUGAAGUUUGUGUAGUAGUGGAGGAUUUUAGGUAUGUAGAGCAAGUUGAAAAUGGAUUGAGACUGCAUGGUGGCAUAAAUGAGAAAUUGCCUGUAGGAUCUAGUCUACUUGAAGGAAGUGGAGACAUAAGGAGAAACAAAAACAGGUUUGUGCCAUAAAGUAUUUUUUCAAAGGCACCAAGAUGUGGUGAAUGAAAAUUACUAGUUCACUUCCCUGCUGCCAUGAAACUGCCUUAAGAAGGUGCUGGAUUCCAAGGUUUAUAAAGGCAUCUCGGUAAAGACUGCUUUUUGAAUGCAUAUGAUUUUGCAUCAGCUAGACUGAGUUGAUUCAGCUAGACUGAGUUGAUUCUGACCAGACUUGAUGGUUUUAAGUCGGAACCAAUAAAUUUUAAAGGAGAAAAAAUAAUUUGACCUAGUAGUAUAAAAUAUGAGGCUUUAAUGGUACUUUGCUAUGAAAAGAAAACACUGUAUUCCUUAUGCAAAACACAUGUAUCUUUCAUUAUUUAUAAUAAGUGGCCUCUCUUAGCUCAGUUACUCAAUUCAUACGUAGUAUUUUUUAAAGUAAUUUUAUAUCUGUGUACCACCACAUAUAUUUCAUAUUACUGUUUCACAUGUACAGCUUUCUACUUCUUUGUAAGAACACCAACCAACCAAGGUUUAAGUGAUUAAUAGGCUUGAGCACCGGGUGGCAGAUGUUCUAUGCAGUGUGGUUCAAGUUUCUUUAACCACACUUCAAUGCAUUGCUAAUACGGAAUUUAAGAUACCAUACACAGUCUCUCAUGGACCUAUCUCUGUUGUAGAAUUAUGACUUAUGUCUUACUUGCCAAAUUGUUCUGAAUGUGACUUUUUUUGCUGAUUUGCUGGGUUUGGGAUUAACUAGCAUUAUUUUGCCACCUUUAUAUUGUAUUUAUAAAAAAAAAAAGUACUAUCAUACUACUUUGGAUUGUUGUGCUGGUGUAAUGUGGAUUUAACAUCAAUAAAUAUUUGACAAAUAAUA